AUGAAUCAAAAGGCAUUCAAGGAUUUGGAUGAAGCAAACGUUGAAAUCGAAAGACUUGUUGAAGAACUAACAGGAAAGACGGAUUCACUUGAUAACUUGAAGAGAUCGCACAAUGAAAAAGUCAACGAAAUACGAGAAGCAAAGCUCAAAAUCGAGGAAAUGGACCUUGAGAUUCUUCAGAAGGAAAGCGAAAUCAAGGAUUUCAAGCGAGAUUUGAGCUCCAAGGAGUCUAUCAUCAAAGAUCUAAGCGCCGAAAACGAGAAGCUCCGGGCCGAAUUCGACAACCGGCGUAGAAAUUGGGAAGAUGAGAAGAGACAGUUGGCGUUGGAAUUAGAGAAGGCUAAUGUGAAACUGGAGAAUCAAGAAUUGCAGCUUAAUGUGUUCAAACAAGAGAUUGAAACCCUAGAAUGGUGUCUUGAGGCUUCAAACAAGAAAACCGGGGGCCAAGAAAGUGGUGACGUGGAAGAACGAUUUAAACAUCUACAGAGGGUUCAUGAACAACUUAAAGGAGAGUUCAAUUCAACUAUGAAAGGUUGGGAGUUGGAAAAAGCUAGAUUGCUCUACGAAAUCUCUUCCUUGCAGGGCAAGUUAGAGUCUCGGAUCAAAAGAAGCAAGAAGCAAGAGCAAGAGCAAGAGCAAGAGAAUCCGAGAUUGCAAACAUCCCUUAGAGAAAUUCAGGAUGAUCAAGUUCAAGAGGCAGGACAAUAUUCUCUGUCGAAGCUGCGGUCCGAGCUUAGAAUUUUGGAAGAGAUUCAUAGAGAGUGUGUUUCAAAGUUUAAGGCUAGACAAGCUGAAUGGAACUUUCAGCUAGAACGUUCGACGCGGGCCAUAACAAACUACCGGUCUCAGUUGAUAUAUAAAACUGCAGAGGUUGAAGAUCUCAAGAUGGAACUGGAAGGUUCUUACUCUUUUAGUAUUGAGAUGAUGAUGCUGAAUGAGGAGCUAUCUGUGACGCUGAUAGUGUUGAAAAGUGGAAUUUAUGAUGCUAAAUGGAAGCCUUUCAGAGAAGGCCAUGAAAUGGAAGUAGUAAACCAGAGUGGAGAAGACAAGUUACAUCAAUUGAUGAAGCAGUUUGAUAUGAAAAAUGGAGAGUGUGACAGAACAGCAUGUUUAACGAGGCAAGUUGAUUCUUGUGCUCUCCCUUUAGAUUUGCAGAACUUAGAACCAAGUGAAAUUGAUAGGCACAGGGAUAUGCUGGAUUUACUCGAUGCUUGGGACAUGGUAAUAAACGAAUCGGACCAAACAUUAUGCGAAAUAACCGAAAUAGAGUAUGAGUUGCAAAUGUGGAAGUCAUUUGCUGAACGUUUGAAGACUGAUCUUGAUGAAAAUUUUGUAAUUCGUAAGGAGCUCGAAAGUUCGCUCCUUGCACAAGUAGAAUUUAGUGAAACCCUUAAACAAGAGAGAGAUAGCUUGGCUUCUCAAGUAGAACAGAAAACAAGAAGCAUAGAGUAUCUGCAGGAACACUUUGUCCGCUUGAAAGCAGAUAGCAUAGAAGAGGAGGACUCGAAUUUUGAGGAUGUACAAAAUAAGGUUGCUUUGAUGGCUGAAGCCAAAGAGCUUGAGGAACAAUCUUUUUCUUCGCAGCUUGCAAGUGAAGAGGUUGCUUUGAUGGCUCAAGCCAAAGAGCUCGAGGAAGAGAAUCCCAUGGAAGACAAAGCAUUUGAGAAGGAGAAUCCUAUAGAAGAUGAGUGCAGUAGCUCAUUGACACGUUUUUCUUCGCAGCUUGCCCAUGAAGAGGUUGCUUUGAUGGCUCAAGCCAAAGAGCUUGAGAGAGAGAUUCCUAUGGAUGAGGAGUUCAGUAGCACGUUUACAUCUUUUUCUAUUCCCAGGGAAGAGGUUGCUUUGAUGGCUCAAGGCAAAGAGCUUGAGCAAGAGAAUCCUAUGGAAGACGAGUGCAGUAGCUGGUCGACAUCUUUUUCUCUCCAUCUUGCCAAUGAACAAGCCGAAAUUAAGCUGCUCAGAGAAGCUUGCGCAAGGAUCACGGCAGCAGAGGUUCUAGCUGCGCUGGAAGUUGAAGAGAAGAAGUUGAUGAUAGCAGAACUCCAGGGAUAUAUUCGUUGCAUAGAACAGAAACUGGAAUUGCAGGAGGAAAAUUGCAGCCAAACAGAACAGCUUGCAUUGGAGAAUAGAAACUUGCAAGAAAAUUCUACAAUUUUGUCAUCAGAGAAAGAAAUUUUGUUGGCAUUUGUUCUUGGAUUGAGUGGUAAAUUGUGUGAUGAGUGCACCCUUAUUAAAGACACAAAACUAAUAGAAAUGUUGAGAAGCAUAGUGCAGUCUUUUGAGAAUGAUAGAAAGGGAGAUGAUGCACUUCUGGUAAAAGAGAACAUGAAGUUGCACCAUCCAACAGGGAUAAAGGAACCUGAAAUAAUUUCUAAUAUCUAA